GGUGCGGAUUCCCGGAAAGACAUGCGCCUCAACCCCACGCCACGCUGCCAAAAGGCUCUCUCUCUCUCUCCAGCGUUCGGCACCCACCAAUUAAAUACCACCCUUCAAACCGCGUAGAAACACCGCGCGACACAAACACGAUCGGGCACCACCGCCACGCCACCGCAUCCACACGAGCUCGCCCGCCCGCCCCCGCGCGCGCGAUACGGUCGGCGGCGGCCGGCACGAAAUGAACACCGCGAACGGGCACGGGCUGAUGCACCACCACCACGUCCAGGCGUCCAUGCCUCCGCCGCCGGCGCCGCAGCACCAGAAGCAGCAUCGGGCGGGGCUGCCGCCGACGCCCCCGCUCCCCGCGCCCGCGGGGCCCGGCUCCCACUCCCUGCACCACCCCGACGCGUGCAUGGACGACAGCUCCGCGGCGGCGCGCGCGCAGGGCGGCCUGCCGCCGCGCAAAGCGCACCGCCGGUCCCGCAGCGACGUCGCGUUCGGCUACUUCCAGCCGCCGCCGCCGCCCAAGAUGGAGGCCGGCGGCUGGGGCCUCCCGGUCGGCGCCGCGGGCGACGACCUGUUCAAUGCGUACAUGAGCAUGGAGGGCAUGGACGGCCUGAACAACUCCGACGGGGACAGCCGCGGGAGCAGCGGCAUGCGCACCAACGGCGCCGACAGCAGCGAGAACGAGUCCGAGGACUACGGCGGCGGCGGCGGUGGCGGCGCCGACAGCCAGUUCCUCCUCUGGGGCGAUGCCGGCAAGAAGAAGAGGAAUGCGGCCGGAGAGCCCGCGCCGCCGCCGCCGGCGAGGCACGCCAGGAGCCUGUCCAUGGACAGCCUCAUGGGGAAGCUGAGCUUCUCCGCCAAUGGGGAGCCCGGCAAGUUCAGCCUCGAGUUCGGCGGCGGCGAGUUCACCCCCGCCGAGAUGAAGCGGAUCAUGGCCGACGAGAAGCUCGCCGAGAUGGCCCUCGCCGACCCCAAGCGCGUCAAGCGGGUGCUCGCCAACAGGCAGUCGGCGGCGCGGUCCAAGGAGCGGCGGAUGCGCUACAUCGCGGAGCUGGAGCAGAAGGUGCAGAUCCUGCAGACGGAGGCCACGACUCUAUCGGCGCAGCUCACUCUACUGCAGCGCGACUCCGCGGGGCUCGCCACCCAGAACAACGAGCUCAAGUUCAGGCUGCAGGCCAUGGAGCAGCAGGCGCAGCUGCGCGACGCACUGAAUGAGGCGUUGACGACUGAAGUCCAGCGCCUGAAACUCGGCGACACAAGCUCGUCCAGCAAUCUAUCUCAGCAAAUGCAGCUCCGUUGCCAGGACCAGAUGAUGGAGAUGCACAAGCAGCAGGGCGAGCAGAUCCCGUUCUAUCAGCUGGAGCAGCGGGAGCAGAAUGGCGCGCCGAGGAACCGUGACUCGAAAUGAAGACGAUUCAGAACAGCAUGCAUCUACAUGCACUGGGUGACACCAAAAAAAAUAUUAGUCCCUUAGAUGAUAUGAAAUUUACAUUUCCUAACCCAUUUGUUUGAAACAGUGAUCGUUAUACUAGCAGCUUAUACUGUGUUUGUCAGGGCAAGGACCCUGGAAGUUUCUGAAUGUUUUCGUUCUUUCAGAACCAUGAUUGUUAUCGGAGUUACUGUAAUGAAUUAAAAUUCUUUUGUAGUAGCGUCAUCUAUUAAUUCGA